GAUUAGUUACUUUGUAGAUAGAAAAUAGUCUCUGUUUGGGGCAUUAUAGUUUUACAUGGUGCUAUAAAGAGACGUGUGAUUUGUAACAUGCAUCACCUCUACAAAUUCGUCCUCAGUGCACUUUUGUGCCUGACCGCCUGUGAAGCGUACAAGAUCUUGGUGGUGUUUCCCAUGGCGAGCAAGAGUCACGGCAUCCUGGGAGAAGGAGUGGUCAGGCAUCUGCUGAAUGCUGGACACGAGGUCACAUUCAUAACUCCAUUCCCGAAAGAUAACCCGGACCCAAAGCUACGGCAGAUUAAAGUCUCAGAUAAAAUAGAUCAUGAUGUUAACUACAUCAAACAGAUAUUGGACAAUGAGUUGGAGCCCUUCAAUCCCUUCAAGGUGGUGGAAUUAUUCAUGGAAUUCAGUCGAAGGACGAUGCAGAAUCCACAAGUGCAAGAGAUGUUGAAUGAUCCCAAGCAAACCUUCGACGUGGUCGUGGCUGAGUGGAUGUUCAGCGAGAUUUACGCAGGGUUCGCAGCCGUCUACGGGUGCCCCCUUAUCUGGUUAUCAUCUGUGGAGCCUCACACCAUGAUCUUGCAGCUCGUCGACGAAAGCCUGCACCCCGCCUACAACCCUGGCCUCAUGUCCAGUAGCGCACCACCGUUCACGUUCAUGGAGCGCGUUAAAGAGCUGUUCUUCUUGGGAGCAAGUUUGUUGUUGAAAAAUGUCUUCUUGGUGAGCUACGAGCGAGAAGCGUACGAAGAAAUGUAUGUGCCUGUAAUAAAAAUGAAAGGCCGUCCGGUCCCGACAUUUGAUGAAAUCAAAUACAACGUGUCGCUGAUCCUGGGCAACUCGCACGUGUCCUUGGGCCAGGCCACCAGGCUGCCGCAGAACUACAAGGCAGUAGCCGGUUAUCACAUUGAUACUAACUUCAAACCGCUACCCGAGGAUCUUAAAAAUAUCUUGGACAAUGCUAAACACGGCGUCAUAUACUUCAGCAUGGGAUCCAACUUGAAGAGUAAGGACAUGCCAGAGAAGCUGAAGAUGAGCCUCCUCAAAAUGUUCGGUGGCCUGAAGCAGACGGUCUUGUGGAAGUUCGAAGACACCAUCGAAGACUUGCCGAAAAAUGUGCACAUAUUGCAGUGGGCUCCUCAGCCUGCUAUCCUAUCUCACCCUAACUGCAUCCUGUUCAUAACGCAUGGUGGCCUUCUCUCCUUUGCCGAAGCAGUCCACUUUGGAAAGCCCACAAUUGGGAUCCCAGUGUUUGCAGACCAGUUCACCAACGUCGAAAGAGCUGUGAAGAAAGGCUUCAUGAAAAGGGUAGACCUUUCUUACACAAUGGCUGAGGAGCUGGAAGUUGCGAUUAAAGAAGUUACUACCAACCCAAGCUACACAACGAGGGCAAAAGAGCUGUCCCUGAUCUUUCACGAUCGCCCUACGCACCCUGGCUCGGAGCUGGCGCAUUGGGUAUCCCACGUCAUCAAGACCGGUGGCGCCCCCCACCUUCAGUCUCCCGCUUUACACACGCCCUUCUAUCAGAAGAUGUACCUGGAUCUGGUAGCUUUGGUCCUUGUAGUUAUUGUUGCUUUGAGAUUGAUUGUGAAGCGAAUUUGUUGUAGGAGAAGUAGAUUGAGUAGUGAGAAGAAAAACCAGUGAUAUUAGUUUUAAGUAAGAAUGUAAAUUAAUUAUUUUUUUACAAUUGUGUACAUAUUAAAUCAAAUUGUUACUUUG